AGGUACCACAUCCGCCAGAUUUACCAGAAGUCACCGUUCCAUUAUCCUUCGUAUGUGUCGCGUGCCCUGUGUUUCCCGUCGGACAGAUAAGGGACGGAAACCAAACAGCCACGUAGUGAACGGCGAAGCUCGCAAAAGGUGCUGUCUGUGUUCAGAAGUGUUCCUGGACACUGACAUGCUCCCAGCUGGCCUGCCCCCUAAGAAGAUGGUUUUGUGAGAGGUUCUUUCCUAAGCGGUACCAGCAAAAUUGGGACUGUUCAGUUUCCUAAAGGAAAUGGACAGUAACCAAUCAGAAGCAGCUCAGAUGGAGGCUCAAGAAGACCAUAUUAUAACAUCCAAAGUGGAAGGUGAAAUGCAAUUGAAACAACAAGUGCUGGACAAGACACAAAAUGGGAAUAUUCAUAAUGCUCCUUUCAGUUCAGAUGUGAUGCCAAAUGGAAACGGACUGGCAGAGGACUUUAGUGCUGCAGGGAACACCCAUAUAAAUGGGUCCUUGUCUCUGGCAGCCCCUCCCCAGAGCACCAGCUCCCCAGUCAACUCCCAGACCCAAGAGCCCUCCCCAGGUUUGGCUGCUUUUCCACCCAUGAUGAUAGAGAAGUCUGAGGGGGCUAGGGCCGAGAUCACGGUUCACACGGGUGAUUCAUUGCAGUCGCUCAGACUCAGUAUGCCUUUGCAGGAGACUGAAUUGUCAAACCAGAAGCCAUCAUUGGAGAUGGAGAAUGAGGAGAAGAUUCGCCUGGACGCUCGUCGACGUCUGGAAGAGCAACUCAAACAGUACAGAGUUCAGAGACAUAAGGAGAGGUCUCACCGCACCACCCCCAAGAACAGGCCAUUCAGCACUCUGGAUCCAGAGCUGAUGCUGCAUCCUGAGGGUCUGCCCAGGGCCAACACUCUUGCCAUGACCACAGAGUAUUCCUUCUUGAGGACCACUGUCCCUCGUGGUCCCAAACUGGGUAGCUUGGGAAUUCCCCCUUCUAAGGAGAAAAAGCCCAGAUCACCCCGCCCGAGCAAGAUCCACUCCUUGGCUGACUACCAGUCUCCUGGGAGUGAUGGUGCAAGUGGGGGUGCAGGUAGAGUUAGGGCAGCAGACAACACCAUGAGCUCCCUCCAGUCCACCCUUAGCUCAGUGUCCACUUUGUCUGAGGUUGGUGUGAUGUCGGAGGGCAGCACCUGUGAGAGUGAAGCACAGCCUGGUGCUUCACUCCAAGUUGGGGACAAUGUGUCAGAAAUGGACAGCAGUGAAUCGGGAUCAAGGCCAGGGAACGACGGCAACGACAGUGACAGCUCGUCUUACAGCAGUGUGUCGACGAGGGGCACAUACGGGAUACUCUCCGCAGCGCAAAGGCAGCAGGGGCCCUACACUGUAGAGGGUAGGGAGAUUGCCCCUGAGGCCAUGGGCCAGUUCCCCUCCCUGCAGGAGGUGCUGCAGGCAGCAAGUGAAGAGCAGCACCUGCUUGAGCGCGAGCAGGAGAGAGAAGGGAUUGGGGAGCCUCAAAGCCGCAGAGACAGUUUCUCCAGCAGUGUUUCUUUGGAGAGUUCAGUAAUGGGCCAUGAUGAUAUGCUGCAGGUUUUAAAAGAGAAAAUGAGACUGGAGGGUCAGCUUGAAUCUUUGUCAUCUGAGGCCAAUCAGGCUCUCAAAGAAAAGACAGAGCUUCAGGCCCAGCUCGCUACAGUGAAUGCUCGACUGCAAGCUAAAAAUGAGGACGCUCAGGUCAGCCAGGAGAAGCAGAAUGCCCUCACUACAGAGGUCGGCACACUGCGGAAAAACUGCAACCAGCUAGAGAAGGCCAUGGUGGAUCUCCAGGGCAGUCUGGAGAGCAAGAAUGCCAGUCUGACUUCUCUAAGCAAUGACCUGAAGGUGGCUGAAGACCAGUACAAAAGGCUGAUGGGGAAGGUGGAGGAGAUGCAAAACACUGUAACCUCGAGAGACAUUACAGUCCAAGUGUUGCGACAGCAGUUGGGUGGUCUUCAGAGCCAGCUUCAACAGAUCCAGCUGGAGCGCAGCACCCUUCAGAGCCGAAUGAAGACUUCCCAGGCUGAAAUUGAAUCACUUCAGCAGCUCAGACAGUGGUACCAGCAGCAGCUAGCUCUUGCCCAGGAGGCCAGAGUACGACUGCAAAGCGAAAUGGCCAACAUGCAGGCUGGACAGAUGACUCAGAUUGGUGUUCUGGAACAUUUUAAGCUGGAGAAUGUGACUCUCUCCAACCAACUCACAGAGACCCAACACCGCUCUAUCAAAGAUAAAGAGCGUAUUGCUGUUCAGCUGCAGAGCAUUGAGACCGACAUGCUGACCCAGGAAGCUGCUUAUAAGCAGAUCCAGGAUGCAAAGAACAUGGUGGAAGAUGAUCUGCAGCAAAAAUUGGAGGAGUUUGAGGAUGAGCGAGAACGCUUAAUUAAAUUGGCCAACACAGCCAGCACCCUGGAAAGGGAGCUGGAGCAGGCAAAGUUGCUCCUUUCCCAGAAGGACAUGCAGCUGCAGUCACUCCAGAAAGAGCAUCUGGAGCUGAUGCGCCAUCUGACCACCACUCAGGACAGCCUGCAAACCAAAGAGCAGUCCAUCAACCACCUAGAAGCCCAAUACCUGGAGCUGGAGGCCCAGCUGGCUGAGCUGCAGACAGAUAGCAGCGCCAAGGACGACAACAUCCAGUACCUCCAAAAUGAGAAGAUUGUCCUGGAGGUGGCGCUGCAGGCAGCCCGGGCCGAAAAGGGCCAACUUGACGAGGGCGCUGAACGGCUCGGAGAGGAGGUUCUGGUGGCUUCAGAUAUCUUGGAUCAGCUCAGACAGGAAGUCCAGAUCAAAGCCAAUCAGAUCGAAACGCUUCAACAAGAAAAUAGUACCCUGAAGAGACAAACUCAGAAACUGAAGGAGCAGUUCCAACAACAAAAGGUGAUGGUGGAGGCCUACCGUCGGGAUGCCAGCUCCAAAGACCAGUUGAUCAAUGAGCUCAAGUCCACCAAAAAGCGCCUGUUAGCAGAGGUGAAGGACCUGAAGCAGGAGCUGCUGAGCGUUCAGGGGGAGAAGCAGAGCGCAGAGCUGGAGCAGGCCCGGCUUGCGAAGGAGGUGGUGAGAGUCCAGGAGCAGAUGAACCACAUGGAGGCUCAUCUGCAAGCCAUUCAAGACGAAAGGGAUCAGCUAGAAACCCAGAUCCACUCUAUACAGUUUGAUCAGAGCCAACUAGCAGCAGUCACAGAAGAUAAUGAAGGUCUGAGGAAACAGGUGGAGCAAUUGGAGGGAGAAGCCAAAAAGGCCAUCACGGAGCAGAAAGUGCGCGUGAAGCGACUGGGGACAGAUUUGACCAGUGCUCAGAAGGACAUGAAGGCCAAGCACAAGGCAUACGAGAACGCUGUGGGCAUCCUGAGUAGGAGGCUCCAAGAGGCUCUGACUGACAAGGAGACAGCCGAGGCAGAGCUGGUAAAACUCAAGGCCCACGUGUCGGAUGGGGGGAACAGCCAGGCCUUACAGGAGAAGAUUAAAGCUCUGCAGGCUGAGCUACAGGCUGUGGCCAAGAGCAAGACUAUGCUAGAGAAGGAGCUGCAGGAAGUGAUCACCCUCACCUCCACAGAGCUGGAGGACUACCAGGAGAAGGUCAUGGAGCUUGAGGAUGAGCUUCAAGAGUCCCGGUGCUUCAAGAAGCGGAUUCGAAAGUUAGAAGAUGCCAACAAGAAGCUAGCACUGGAGCUUGAACAUGAAAAGGGGAAAUUGGCUGGAUUGGCCCAGUCCCACAAUACACUGCGGGAACAUUCCAAUAUUUUGGAGUCUGCCUUAGCUAAGAGAGAGGCAGAUCUGGUUCAGCUCAACUUGCAGGUUCAAGCUGUUCUGAAGCGUAAAGAAGAGGAGGACCAGCAAAUGAAGCAGGUGGUUCAAACGCUUCAGCUUGCCCUGGAAAAAGAGAAAACUAAAGUCAAUGACCUGAAAGAACAGGUGGCAACAGCAAAGGCUGAAGCAGACCACAACAGACGGCACUACAGGGCAGCUAUGCUGGAGCUGUCAGAAAUCAAAAAGGACCUGCAGGCCAAAGUGGACGUGGUCAAAGCUCUGCAGAGUGAAUCCCACAAACUACAAGCUCAGGAUGAGCAACAUGCUCAGGAGGUUUCCAGGUUCCAAGAGGAGCUGGCUGAGGCCCAUUCACAGCUCCAGAUCCUCCAGAAACAACUGGACGAGGAACUGGCCAAGCAGCCCCUCACUAACCAAGAGGUUGAGGACCUGAAGUGGGAGGUGGAGCAAAGGCAGAGGGAGAUCGAGGCUCAGAAGCAGCAGCUGGAGAUGAUGGAGCAGUGUCAGCACAGGGAGCUAGACAACCUACAGAGAGCUCUGCAGAACAUCAAAAUUGAGCUGGAGUCGGUGCAAGAUGAGUUGAACGGUACCAGGAAGGACAAGUUUAUGCUGCAGGCCAAAGUGGGUGAGCUGAGGAACAGCAUGAAGACGGUUCUUUUGCAGAACCAGCAACUUAAACAGGACCUCAAACAAAGUCGUCUCAGGAAGCAGCGUAUGGAGCUAAAGAGUGAGGGUAACCCAUCCAACCCAGUGACACCAGUUAAGAUUCCAGACUGCCCAGUGCCUGCCUCCCUAUUGGAUGAAUUGCUGAAACCAUCAACGUCUGUCAACAAAGAGCCCCUCAACAACCUGCACAACUGUCUACGACAACUCAAGGAGGAGAUGGACAGCCUCCAAAGGCAGAUGGAAGAACACACAGUAACAGUACAUGAGUCCAUGAGCUCAUGGACAAACACAGAGGAGGGACUGGUUCAACUGGAGCUUGAAAACAACAUCUCCAAAUCAUCAACGCCACUAAACAACAUGGUUGUGAAAAAUAACAAUGAAGCAGAACAGCAGCAGUCAUAAUAUAAUAACUUUGUUCAGGCCAUAAGAGGGAGAGUGGAGUUUUAUCCACAAAGGCACUUUUCAGACUCUUAUUCCCUCUCGUUUCUUAACAAUUGCUGCCAACAUUUGGCAUUCUCCCAUCAGCAGAUACAUGCUUUUUCAGUCAUACUUUAUAUAUCAUAGCUUUAUUCUUUCCUCUUUAUUUGACAGUUGUUUAUAUUUUUGUUAUGCUAUUGUCGCAUUUAUUUAUUUUGAGUUAAGUAAUUACUUCUUAUCUAACAGCCUCUCCAAGAGGAUCAUCAAUCUUCAGUUUGGACUGUUUAAUGAAUAUUUCAGGCCAGUUUUCCCCUUUUUGGGCUAUUUAGUCGUAAUCCUCCUCGCAAUAUAAGAUAUGUGGCUUUGUUUGCUGCUUAAUGAUGGCUGACAUUAUUUCGAAAAGUGUUAUGGUGACAGAAACAAACCAUUAGUCUCUCAACAGACUGGCUAUGAACUGUUCUUCUAUUUCUUUGUGCCUGUGUACAAGAGCAGUUACUCAUCUAUGAUUUAACUGAUGUGGUUACACAUCCAAGGGAUUUCUAACAGUUGAUGAAAAAUCAUCAAUCCUUUUCAUGAUAAGUCAUGCGAAAUUGUGGUCAGUUUCUUUUGUAUUGCCUCUUGCUAAUAUGCAGUGUUUCUUACAUUUGUUGUAAUCGUAUCACAUUGGGUUCCUACACUAAAAACAUGAAUCUCAGUUAUAUAUGGAGGUGUUUUGUCUAGCAUGGACUGCAGUCAUUUGUAUGCAAAAAAAGCCUUAAGCAAUCUUUAAUAUGCUGUAAAGGACUAAUUUGGUUUGAAUGAACAUAUUUCUGCUGAGGUUGUGUAAUAUGUUAUAAUGUAUGUGUGUGCAAAAUGUUUGUGUGUGUGUGUGCGCAAAUCCUUACUGAAUGGUUUAUUGUAAAAUAAGGGGGUCACAUCAACGGAGAAAGAAAGUUGUACGAUGAAGCAGAAAUGUUACUACUUCUAACAGCAAGUGUAAUCAGAUGUGUUCAUUUUCUGUUACAUUUGGUACAUAUUUAAAAACAAAUUGUUAUACUUGUUUAUGGCUGUUUCAUGGAUAUGGGGAUAGGUUCAUUGUUUCUAGAGGUUAAUAUAUUAAUUAAAUUUUUUGUAUGAUUGUAAAAUCACCCUAAUUGUUUAAUGGUGUAACAACAAAGUAAAUAAAUACAAAGUAUCAAAUGCAAACCAUGAAUUCAAAGCCAAGAGUAAUUCUGCUACAGCUGCACUAAAACGUCAGUGUAGAGUAUGAUACAGGUGACGCUUUCUGCAAACAAUCUUGCUGCAGCUACUCUGUCGGUGUUCAUUCCCACACUAAACAACUUUUUUUUCUUAAAUACUGUUGUAUGCUUCUAAAUUUCCAAAGGGAUAUGACAUAUUUUGAGGGGAAUGCUCACUGAGGCAAUUAAUAUCAAAUGUAUUGAUAAACUGUGUUCUUUUUUUUUAAUGGGGACUAUCUUCCAAACUACCUUUCACUGUAAUGUUAGGUAGUAGUUAAUAACAUUUUUUUCUUUUCUUUUUUUUUGGAAAGUUGAAAUUGAUUCAUUCCUAUGUUUUAACGUUUGUGUUGGGAGAUGUGAUUGUAUUUAUCAUAAAAUUGCACUAUUCAUCUGU